GUCCUGUUGGGAUUGUCCUCUCGCUCCUGCUCUGUACUCUUCGUGUGGUUCAGAAUGGCCGCUGCUGCAGGAAUAAACAAGCAGGGCUCCGUAGCGACGAUGGAGCCAUGUAUCCGACACGGGAGAGGAGCCAGUGGGAGCACAGUGAAGGUGCUGGAGUGCGGUGUGUGCGAGGACGUCUUCUCUCUCCAGGGUGACAAAGUCCCUCGCCUCCUGCUGUGCGGUCACACGGUGUGUCACGACUGUCUAACCAGGUUGCCCCUGCACGGCAGAGCGGUCCGCUGCCCCUUCGACAGACAGGUCACUGAGCUGGGUGAUUCUGGCGUUUGGGGUCUGAAGAAAAACUUUGCCCUGCUGGAGCUCCUGGAGCGGCUCCAGAAUGGAGCGUCGAACCAGUCCGGGAUGGCGGAGGACGCCCUGAAGGGGAUGGGAGAAUGUAUAAUCCGCUGUGAUGAGGACGAGAGCCACACCGCCUCCAUGUACUGCACCGUGUGCGCCACCCACCUGUGCGCCGAGUGCUCCCAGCUCACCCACUCCACCCGCACGCUGGCCAAACACCGCCGGGUGCCGCUGGCCGACAAGCCUCACGAGAAGACCCUCUGCCUGCAGCACCAGGUCCACGCCAUUGAGUUCGUGUGCCUGGAGGAGCCGUGCCAGUCCGGGCCUCUCAUGUGCUGCGUGUGCAAGGAGUACGGCAAGCACCAAGGACACAAGCAUGCUGUUCUGGAGACCGAAGCCAAUCAGAUCCGUGCGUCCAUCUUGGACAUGGCGCACUGCAUCCGCACCUUCACAGACGAGGUGUCCGAGUACUCCAGGAAGCUGGUGGGCAUCGUGCAGCAGAUCGAGGGCGGAGAGCAGAUAGUGGAGGACGGAGUCGGCAUGGCACACACUGAGCAUGUCCCUGGCACGGCAGAGAGCGCUCGCUCCUGUGUCCGUGCGUACUUCGCAGACCUCCACGAGACUCUGUGUCGGCAGGAGGAGAUGGCGCUGAGCGUGGUGGAUGCUCACGUGAGGGAGAGGCUGAUCUGGCUCAGGCAGCAGCAGGAGGACAUGACCAUCCUGCUGUCUCAGGUGUCCACGGCCUGCCUGCACUGCGAGAAGACGCUUCAACAGGAUGACUGCAGAGUCGUCCUCGCCAAGCAGGAGAUCAACUGUCUGCUGGAGACUCUUCAGAAGCAGCAGCAUCAGUUCACAGAGCUGGCGGAUCACAUUCAGCUGGACGCCGGCAUCCCCGUCACCUUCACUAAGGACAAUCGAGUCCACAUCGGUCCAAAGAUGGAGAUCCGUGUCGUCACUCUGGGGCUGGAUGGAGCCGGGAAGACCACCAUCCUCUUCAAGCUGAAACAAGACGAGUUCAUGCAGCCGAUCCCGACCAUCGGUUUCAACGUGGAGACGGUCGAAUACAAGAACUUGAAAUUCACCAUCUGGGAUGUGGGCGGCAAACAUAAGCUGAGGCCUCUCUGGAAACACUACUACCUGAACACUCAAGCGGUGGUGUUCGUCAUCGACAGCUGCCACAGAGACCGACUGAUGGAGUCCCACAGCGAGCUCGCCAAACUACUGACAGAGAAGGAGCUGAGAGACGCUUUGUUGCUCAUCUUUGCGAACAAACAGGAUGUCCCCGGAGCCGUCUCUGUGGAGGAGAUGACGGAGCUGCUGAGCCUACACAAGCUGUGCUGUGGGAGGAGCUGGCACAUUCAGGGCUGCGACGCCCGCAGUGGGAUGGGUCUCCACGAGGGGCUGGAUUGGCUCUCCAGACAGCUGGUGGCCGCCGGCGUCCUGGACGUGGCCUAAACGUCUCCUGACUCUCCCCUCAGCGACUGAACCCAAACAUAAACUGUAAAGGCUGUAAGCCCUCUCUCCUCAUCUUUCCUUCUUUGUGCAGCACCGCAUCAAAGAAAACAAAGAUGUAAAUACAAUCUCUCGCUUUACUGAAUCUGAAGACGGAGCAGACCCAACCUCGGCGGCCAAAACACAACAUCACACAAGAUAACGGGCAAUUAGAGGUGUUUCCAAACUGACACCUUUUAUUUCAUCCUUUUUUUGACACAUUUUGAAUCUUAAAGACUGAAAGGUACAAAAGAUUUGGAAUCGCUCCAGCUGCUUCAGUCAGGAGCUGCAGAUCAGGCUGUAAUGGUUUCAGUGUAAUCAAAGUUUGUCCACUCAGAGUUCUUAUUUCAGGAUCAAGUGUCCAAAAACACAACAAAAGUGAUCCCUACACAUUUAGGGCACAUUAGAAUCCGGACAGGGUGAGCAGGGCCCUGACAAGAGGUAGAGGCCUGGUGAUAAGAGUGAUUAUGUGGCUCUCUUUCGGCACUCACAUGCUGCCAUUACAAGGAUGCAGGAGGUGUGAUCGCUGGAUGAAGUCGUUCCUUCAUCUGAGGUAGUAACAGAGGCAGAACUAGGGGGAAGAAGGUGACGCAGUGUUAAUGCAUGUCUUAAAGUUACAUUUUUUGGUGCAUUUUUCCCUUUAUUUGAUUGGACAGUUGAAGAGAGACAGGACAUGUGGAGAGUGUGGGAGGACAUGCAUUAAAUGGUCAAGGCUGGAAGCGAACCUGCAAUCUUUGCAACAAAGGCUAUGGCCUCUGUAUAUGGGGCUCGCGCUUAGACCCCAGUGUGCAUGCACGUCUGAGCCUCCUGAGCUUCUGCAACCCCUGUACUCCGAUGUGCAAUCACACUGUGACACCAAUGUUACACCGUUUCUGGACUCCAGUGACAAAAACAGUCUGCCUAACUUGCACAGAAUGGGAGUUGCUGAUCCUCUGCUUCCUCCUGCUGUUCCUUACUUUAAUAUAUUUGAGUUAGUUUCUCUAGAUGCUUGGUUCAGAUCAUAGACUGUAUAAAUAACGGAGGUAGUAUCCGUGACGUCACCCUUUUGUUUCUGAAGAGCUGUUUUGAAGCUAAUCGUUGAAGGCAGCCAUAUUGCUGCUGUUGAGCGAUUAUGACGUUAAUAGCUGUUUUGACGAAAACAAAAAUAGCAUUGAAACAGGAAGUGAUCAAAACUGGUGUCAGGAUUGUUUAAGUUAGAUUCUGUACUUGCAGUGCAAAAAGAAAAACCCAACUUACUGAGCUUAUUUGUCCAGUUCUUAAUCAAAUAUCUCACUACACUCCACCGGACAAGUCAAACUAUUAAUCUUAUUUCAAGAUAUUCCAACAAACAUAAGGAUUUAAAGCUCCUGUGAGGAGAAACACCCCAACGCGCCCUCUACUGGUAAGUUUAGAUGCCGACCACAUCGUGUUCCCCAAAGCCUGAGACAGAUGGGCAGCGAGAGCCAGCACAUCCCUCCUUUUCCCUCCAUUCAAUACAAGGCUCACGACCAUAGACGGCGGUCUGUUUCUGAAGCGCUGUUUUGAGGCCAAUCGGCGGUGGCAGCCAUAUUGGAAAUGUUGAACUCAACAUAACUUCUAUUGAGCUAGAGUGACAUAACGAGGCGGGCUUUGAGCCUCCUCGCCAACAGCUAGUCAGCUGUGCCUCUCAUUGGAAGACUCGUAAUCUCAAUAUCUUUGAAGUUACGGUGUUAUGAAAAAAUUCACCCCCCGUACAGUGUGUGCCGAUCAAGAAAUGAGCUAUCCAGACUACACUUGUUUUUUGAACCAGGCUGUAAACAUGUUUAUUUCUGCUGUAAAGAUCGACUUUUUUGAAUGGGUGUGUAUGUGGUCUCUGGUACUUCUGGAGCCAGCCCUCUGGUGGACACUCGAUGAACUGCAGUUUUUAACACUUAUGCAUUUUAGACCGGAUGUUGCUGCUUGGUUCAGGGUCAGUUAUGUGCAAAAUGCAUAACAGGAAAACAACAAACCAGUGGAGGCAGUGGCUGCAGAAGCUCCCAUGUCAUGCAGGAUCUCCCCUCUCUGAAGGCGUCUCCUCUUUUGAUGAUGUUGGAGAAUAAUCUGAAACAAGCCCUCUAAGUGAACCAGAUUACACUGACUCUCAUUACAGCCUGUUCUUGAAUUUAAUCCAAACAGCCAAUCAGAUGUCAGAACACUUCUCCAGAAGGUUCAGGUUUAACACCCCCUCCGCUCUCAUCCUGCUUCACGUCUUUCGGCAGCUGACUCUCUAACACGUCGCUUUCUUUCCUGUCCUCCUCGUUUUCUGACUCCUUCUUCUUCUUCUUCUUCUUCUUCUUCGCUAACGUAGGUCAAGACGCGUUGAAACGCUCCCUGUAACCCUAACUGAGUAGAUUUAACGGUCAUCAUAGCGUCAUAUACGUACAUUUAAUCCUGUAGACCCAGAGAACACAGUGAAUAUCUACUCUUCAUGCUCGCUUCAGUGACCCUGCAGGUAAGUCAGACGGAUAGAAAUGCUCUCUUUGAUUGAUUUCUGUGGCUUCAAUCUGACGCUGUAAUGUCCGGACUCUGCCUUGACAUCUAAUGUAAGCAAUAGCUGUUCAGUGUCGUCUUUAAGUUCUGUGUGUGUGUUUUUUAUUAUUGUGUAUAAUAUGAUCCUAUUUAAUGCCACAGCUGGUCUUGAAAUGGCGCACCAGUCUAGUUUGUUUUGGUUUUUGAAUGUAGUGUUUUCUGUCACAGAAGCGUUUACUGAACUUAUUUAUGAGCGUGGACUUUGAUACGAGGCUGCGGGGAGAACUUCAGUCUUUUUAUGCACCGAUUCUGCCUCCGUUUUGUGGAGUUUGUCGCACGCAGGAUUUGUGGAAUGCACUUGUUUGCUGCCUCACUACGAGUUUUUAUUGGAAGCAAAUUAACCUGCUGUUUUCUUAGUAGUCCGAGUAUUAAUCUCACCGCAGAUCAAAGUCGUCUUGUGAAACUAUUUAAACAUCUACUAGGUCCUGUGUGUGUGCGGUGUGCGUGAGACUGUGCACCCUGAAAUCUACAGCCUUCAGUAAUAAUGUGAAACGUAGUGAAAUAUUAAACCUAACACUGACACACUCGUCUUGUAAUUAUUAAGGAACCGUCGUUUGACUUUUGAUUUCAUCUUUAUUCAUUGCUAUGUAAUGUUAACUAUUUGUAUCUAUGUAUAAAAGUUAAAAAGAAGCACGUGUGAAAAAAAGCCUUUCCACAUCGUUUGUGAAACAUUUCCAUUCGUUCUUUUGAAACAUUGAAGCACAAAGCGAGUUCAAACCUUUGUUACUAGUCGACUUGAUGAUGAUGAUGAUGAUGAUGAUGAUGAUGGCUUUUGUAAAUUAUUCAUAAUGUGAUGCUAUAAAAUAAAACUAACUGAACGUA